GAGGCAGAAAUGAGUCUGGAUCGAGAUGAAGAUGGAGCUGCUGUUUUCCCCGGGUGAGACGAGAGGAGAGGGGGACGCUGCGAGGCCCGAUGCCCGGGGCUUUUGACGCGGUCCAGACGACGGCGUUCGGAUGGAGACGGAGAUGGAAAACGCCAGCGAUCUGUGGAACAUUUCCUCCACAAACUUCACCCUCCAGAGGAACGACUCAAACCUGGCUCUCCAGUCGGGCCUCGCUGUGACUCUGACUCUCAUAACUCUCGCCACGACGCUCUCCAACGCCUUCGUUAUCGCCACCAUCUAUCAGUCCAGAAAGCUCCACACGCCGGCGAAUGUUCUCAUCGCCUCGCUGGCCGUCACUGACCUCCUGGUGUCCAUUUUGGUGAUGCCGAUCAGCGCUCUUUACACGGUGAGCGCCUCGUGGACUCUGGGUCAGGCGGUGUGUGACAUCUGGCUGUCCUCGGACAUCACCUGCUGCACCGCCUCCAUCCUGCACCUGUGCGUCAUCGCGCUGGAUCGAUAUUGGGCGAUUACAGACGCUGUGGAUUACUCGAAGAAGCGAACGAUGGGGCGAGCGGCCGGGAUGAUCGCCACCGCCUGGGUCAUCGCCAUCUCCAUCUCCCUGCCUCCUUUCUUCUGGCGCCAGGUGAAGGUGGAGGAGGAGGUGACGAGCUGUAACGUCAACACGGACCACAUCUUCUACACCAUCUACUCCACCUUCGGGGCGUUUUACAUCCCGACGCUGCUGCUCAUCGCUCUCUACGGGCGGAUCUACGUGGAAGCCAGGAAGCGAAUCCUCAAGCAGUCGAGCAACAACAAAAAGCCCGGAAAGAGACUCACGUCGGCUCACCUCAUCACCGAUUCUCCUGGAUCUGUGGCCUCCAGCACGUCUCUAAACUACGGGACAAACGACGCCUCUUCCUGCGACACUUCUGUGAAUCAAGUGAAGGUCACGGUGUCCGACGCGCUGCUGGAAAAGAAGAGAAUCUCCGCCGCCAGAGAGAGGAAAGCCACCAAGACUUUGGGGAUCAUUUUGGGCGCGUACAUCGUGUGCUGGCUGCCGUUCUUCAUCUACACCCUGGUAGUUUCCGCCUGUGAUUCCUGUUUCCACCCGGGGCUUUUCGACAUCUUCACCUGGCUGGGAUACCUCAACUCUCUGAUCAACCCCAUCAUUUACACCAUGUCCAACGAGGACUUUAAACGCGCUUUCCACAAACUGAUCCGGUUCAGAUGCUGCCGGGCGUGAAACCAGCCACCCUCUGUUGUUCAGGAUAAAACAACUGAAAUGAGAUAAUCCAAUUUGGGAAAUGUAUGCGUUGCAGCAGUUUACAAAGACAAGGCAUUGUAUAACAUAGCAUUAAAAAAGUAAUGUGGAAAUACAAACUUGGGAGUUUAAGUCCAAGAGAAGCUGAAAUGAAAUGUAUGAUGUCAACAAAUUGAAGUCAACGUUUCAGUUUUUUCAGUGUGGGAACUGCGGUGCAUUCAUGGCGGCCAUCUUUGGAGCAAAGCUUCUAGCUACAGCAGAGAUCAAUAUAUAUCAGCGUUUUGCAUCCAAAAAUCAUAAAGUGUGCGUGGAAUAUAAAUACCGUUUUUGCUCGUGCACAGAUACACCUCAAAGGGGGUCAAAGUCUAACAUAAAGCCAAAAUCUGUGUCUGACACACAUUAUCUAAAGAUUAUAUGUUGCUUUUGUAAUUGUGGGACAAAUUAUAACAUGAUAUGUGAAUUAUAUUA